AUGUCUGAGCCUCCUUCCCCAGGCAUCCAUGUCGUGACCGAUUCUUUCGCUGAUAUUUCCGCUAUCAUCGAUGGUAUAGUCCACGUCCACGCCUCAUGCAUCUUGGACGACGGCACUUUGGCCACUUUCCUUCCCCCAUUAUCACACUCCCAACUCUACCAGUGGUGGGACCAGCGUGUGAGCGAGAUUGGCCGCGGGGAGAGACAAAUCAUCGUAUCUCUGUCAAAUGUCAAGGAUCGGACGACAGAGAAGGAUGUUUCGGCGCCCUGGAACGACGAAGGACGAACUUGGCCGGUCACCCGCUCGACAAGUUCUUCAAUCGAUCAGGCGUCCCCGGCCCCUGGUACGGCAAACUCUACGGAAACUGAAUUGGAAGUCUCGGGCGUCGUGUCCCUCGCCACGCCAUUCUCGCAGACCGGCCCAUUCCGCGGCCUCGUGGAGAAACUCUUUGUCUCGCCGCUGCAUCGCCGUCGCGGCAUUGCGAAGCAGAUGAUGGCCAAACUCGAGAGUGUGGCGAUGGGACUGGGCAGGUGGAGUCUGAUGCUCGACACCGUCGUCGGCUUGGAGGCUGAGCGCGUAUAUCCCAGGCUCGGAUAUGAGAAGGUGGGCUUCGUGAAGGAGUACGGCUAUUCGCCUGUGGACGGGCGGUUGGUGGACGAGGUGUGGUUCUGGAAGGAUUUGAGGAAGAUGAAGAGGCUGGAGUUGUAG